AUGCAAUGUCCGUAUGAUGCAUCUUCGUUCCUGAUUGCCUGGGCUCGGCUUUCAAUGCUGGGAACGGUGCCCCAUGUGCCGGGCAGCGGAGGAAGGGGUCUGGAGGAGCUUCCCGACCACAGCUCCUCGGAGCAGCAGAGCGGGUGCCCAUACGACCCAGGAAGAUGUGCAGGAGCCACCCAAUCUGCUAUGACUGUAGACUCGGGGCUUCUUUCCUUUUGGAUUUUGAUCUUGGCUUUGUUAGAUCAGUUUGAUAAGUUACAGAAGGAGGUGAAGAAGUUUCUGAAGAAAAUGGCAGCUGCAUCAAACGACACUUCAAACCACCAGAGCCACUGCACUAUCUGCUUAGGGGGCCUGGCUGUGCGGACCACCGUGACCCUUCGCUGCCGCCACACGUUCCAUUUAGCUGUCUCGGUUUUGUUUCCGGGCGAUGAAUCGUUUUUGCCUUUUGCGAUUGUAUCUUAUUCAGAUUGCCUGGGCUCGGUUUUCAAUGCUGGGAACGCGAUGCGCUGCCCCGUUUGCCAGGUGCUGGAGGAAGGCGUCUGGAGGAGCUUCCCAACCAGAGCUCCUCGGAGAUGCAGAGCAGGUGCCCGCGUGGUCCAGGAAGAUGUGCAGGAGCCCCCUGUCCGAAUGCCACCACCAUCUGGAAUUUACUUCCUUGAUCAGGGAUCUGCCGGGAGCUUAUUUGGACACUUAGCUGGUGCAUCUCCUGGGGGGCAGUCAAUGAAUUUACCAUCUUCACCAGCGCGGGCCAUGAUGCCUGCUGCAAACAAUCGUUCCAGCUCAAGUGGCCUGCUACCAGCUGAGCAGACGGCUUUUCAAGCUGAAGGAUCUGGAACAGUCAACAUCGAGUCACCCGACAUUGGUGAAGUGGUGCUGGCUUUAAGUGCGGAUGUUCCUCCGGUAGAUGGAAUAGAUGGUUCCGAGGAUAUUAUGUCAGAUGGCGAGCAAUCUGUUGAGGACCUGUCAGAGUGAUCGGACAGAGGAAACCAGAUGGAAGUUCUGUUUCUGAACUGAUCUCAUCAGUAUGGUGGGGUAGUGAAGAAG